UGAAUUAGUAGAGAAUGUGAAUUUUAAAGAAAAAAUAAAAUUAAAAGCUACUUAUGAGUUAUUUUCUCUAGAGUCAUUUUAGGAAGAAAAAAAAUGAUAGAUUUACGAGGUUUUUGGAAUGCUCAUAGCCUUGAAAGAAGAAUUGGUUCUUAUUUUUCAAAAAAAAAAAAAAGAAUUGGCUAUAAUUAGUAAAUUUGACAAACAUCUUACUUCUCCAGAUAUACAAUCCCUGAAGUACACUAUACCCUAGAAAUAAAAGAUUGAGAAAUCUAAAGCUCAAAAUUUAGCUUCGAAAUCAUAAUAGCAGCACAUUUGCAAUUGACAGCUCAAGUCACAAGUUAUUCGCAAUUAAACCGGUUGCUGUCAGUGGUGAACUGUUGUCUGCAAUUUUAUUAUCAGGGGUAAGUUCGUUCUUCAUUUUGGAUUUUUCAGUGUAAAAAGAUUGAGUCCGAUAAUGAUCAGUGAUACCCAUCUCUGCAAAUUUCUACGCCAUGUAAAAUGUGCUACUAGGGCUUCACCAACACAUGCAAUUUGUUGCUCUCGAAAGUGCCCAUCUUUAUUAUUAUCUUCUGUUAGAUGCAUCUCAAGCAAAGCGAGUGUUGAUAAGCAGUCUUUUAUAGUGACUUACCUCAUUAAUAAUUGUGGGUUAUCUCCAAAAUCUGCUCUUUCAGCUUCUAAGUAUCUUCGCUUUAAAACCCCACAUAAACCGGACUCUACUCUUGCCUUUUUGAAGAGCCAUGGAUUCUCAAAGACCCAGAUCACAAAAGUUAUCCAUACACGUCCAGCAGUGCUUUCCUCAGAUCCUGAGAGAACCCUUUUGCCCAAAAUCCAAUUUUUUCACUCUAAAGGAUUCUCAGGCCCUGACAUUGCCAAAAUCUUAUCCGCGUGCCCUGAGAUUCUGCAUACUAGCAUAGAAAACCAAUUAAUUCCUGCUGUUAAUUUCAUACAAAAUUUACUUCCAUCCAAUGACAAAGUUGUUUAUGCAAUAAAACGGCUUCCAAAAAUUAUGCUUUCUCAACCUCUAGGCUACGCCAUAUGUAAUAUGAAGUUGCUGAAAGAGGCUGGAUUGCCACAGUCAAGUAUUGUUUGGCUGCUUAGGUAUCAUCCGACGACAUUAAUGACAAAGUUGGAUCGAUUUGCUGAGAUUAUAGAAGGAGUAAAAGGAUUGGGGUUAAAUCCUUCUGUAAUAAGCUUUGUUAUUGCAAUCCAUGCCAUGCGGGGAAUGAGCAAAUCAACAUGGGAAAAGAAAUUUGAUAUUUAUGAGAAGUGGGGUUGGUCACAAGAAGAGACCCUUGUGGUUUUUGGGAAGUUUCCAUGGGUUAUGAUGUACUCUGAGAAGAAGAUAAUGAAAAUGAUGGACUAUUAUAUCAAUAAAAUGGGGUGGGAUUCAUCAUAUAUUGCAAAACAUCCACUCCUCAUCGCAUUGAGCUUGGAGAAUAGAGUUAUACCACGGUGCUCUGUUUUACAGGUUCUGCUAUCAAAAAAUCUUAUCAGAUUGACUAGCAUAGCAACACCGUUGAGGAUUUCUGACAAGUUAUUCCUGCAUAAGUUUGUUACACCUUACAAGGAAGAAGCUCCCCAUUUGUUGAAGUUAUAUCAGAAGAAAUUGAAUGUUGCUAAAUGUGAGGGUAAAGGAAAGACGGAACAAAAGCAGCUGCAGAGGCAAUGAUUGUAUGCAUGCUUAAAAGCCUUUGUUUUUUCAACACAGGGUUCUCAUUUUCUGGACAAGUUGAUACCAAUUAUCCUGGCUUUUAUUUAGACAGAUGAAAUAUUUGCUUAUAUUGAAGUUAUUGUCUUGAUGAUAAGAGUUGAAGUUGAAGGAUUUGUAGGGGCUGGUGUGCCAUGUUUCCCUUUGUAUAAAAGUACACUGGCAGCGACAGGUAUUAUUUCCAUAUCAUCAAUUUUAUGAAUGACUAGAAAAAGAAAAAAAAAAAAAAGAGAAAGAGAAGAUGUUCAGAAUUUUGCUUGAUAAGUGAUUUUAACACUUCAUGUUGAGUGCAUCACGGCUAACAUGCUUUGAAGUAAGAAUUUGAUUCCUAAGCCCA